AUGACGACGGGUGUAGUACGCGACCAGAACCUGGAGAAACACAUUCACAAGCAGAUGGGAUGCAUGGCCGGGUUUCUUCAGAUCUUCGAUCGCCACCAGCUACUCACCGGAAAGCGCAUCUACUCGCCCAAACGUCUCCCUCCUGCCUCACCGGAGUCCAACAAACCCACUGCUUCGCCGGUGCGUUCUGUGCAGUCUCCGGCGAGAGAGGCCGUCCAAUCAGAACCCAAGGUAAGUGCUCCCGCACUCCCUGUUCUGGAAUUCAAGGAAGGCACACGGUCCUCGUGGAAGUUUUCGCGAGAGGCUCCCCGCCUGUCCCUUGACAGCAGAGCCAUGGUAGAUGCGAAGGGGACGCUGCACCUUCACCCGCGCGAGAUCCCCUCAGAAAACGACGGAGAUAAACAGCGUCGUUCCACCAGUGUCAUUGCGAAGCUCAUGGGCCUGGAGCCUUUGCCCGAUUCAGAGCCCGGGCCCGUGGCGAAGCUGCAGAGAUCCGCGUCUGAGUCGAGAGUGUCCAGAGAUCUGCCCCUGCCACAGUGUCGUUUCUUUGACCCAAACAAUCUUUCAAGCAGGGUUCAGGUCACCAAUGUGGUCCACGAGAAUAAUGACGCUGCCAUCCAUGCCCGAUUGGGCAAUGACAGAGCCGCAGAUCCACCCAGACAGAGGGCCAAGAAGAGCUUUUACGAUUCCGCUGAUUUCUUCCCUGAACCUAAGCACACCGUUUCGGUAUACGGAGAGAUUGAACGGAGAUUGCGGAUGCGAGGGAUUAACGAGCCUUCCAAGGAUCUCCACACUCUCAAACACAUCCUAGAGGCCUUGCAGCUCAAGGGGCUUUUGCAUUCCAACAACAAACCCAACCACUCUCCCACUGUCGUUAUGAAACCGGUUCGAUCAGUUAACCGGACCGGAAACGAUUCUCCUCCUCCUCCCCUCCGGUCUAGUCCUCGCCGGAGCAUCCGGGUUGGGGGCGAGGGUCAUAGGAAUGACCAAAAUGAAGGGAGUGGAAGGAGUCAAAGUGGCAGAGCGCAGAGCUCGAGUCCUAACAGGAGGAGGCAGCAACACGUAGAACCGCAGAGGAAAGUGGGUGUUGAUUGGAGAAGGGGGUCUGUGUCUGUGUCUCCGGUUCAUUCUCCCAAGGUGAGUCCGAGAAGGAAUGCAGGCAAUCAGCAGGUGCCAUGUGGAUCGCCUAGGAUGAGAAAAAAUGUUGAGCGAAAGGAGAAAAUGUUGGGUGGGGCAGAGGAUGAAUCGACCACAGUUUCAGAGAACAGCUUCAGCACCUCUUCAUAUCCUGAUACAGAGAGGUACAGGUUGGAAGAGUACAAGGAGGGAAAAGAUCUGCUGGAUAGGUGUGAUAAGCUGCUGAGCAGCAUAGCAGAAAUAACAUCAGCCAACGAGUUGCAACCGAGUCCAGUAUCGGUUCUGGACUCGUCGUUUUACAAGGACGACUGGUGCUCACCAUCCCCGAUGACCAAACGCUGCAUUGAUUACAAAGAUCAAGCGGCGGAGUCAGAAGAUGAUAUGUGGAGUGCGGCUUUGUGCAGCAGCGAGGAGGCAGCGUCGGAGGAUUGCGAUUUCGUUUACGUAUCGGAGAUUCUUCGAGCGUGCAGUUACUUGCCGGAAGAGAGCGACGUUUUCCUGUUAUUGGAGAAGCAGCAAUGUCUGAAAGGAAAGGAUACCUCAAAGGCUUCGACGCUGCAGAGGCGGUUGAUUUUCGACACUCUCCAGGAGAUACUAGAGCGGAACCAUCAGUUGCCGCCGUGGAAGGCAGUUUCGUGCGGCGAGCCAAGGCAACAGAUCUGGUCGGAGUUUCGGAGGAUCCGAGAGAGGGAAGAAUCAGAGUCGGAGGACUUGUUCAAGGUUAUAUGCGGAGUGUUGAAGAAGGACAUGGCAGAGGAGAUGGGGUGGGGAGAAUGGGCGGUGGAGAUGGGAGAUGUGGUGUUAGACAUUGAACGUCUCGUGUUUAAAGAUCUCGUUGGCGAAACCAUUCGAGAACUCGCUUUGUUUUCUCCUCAAUGUAACAACCAUAACCACCUACCCGCCCUUCGUAGGAAACUCCACUUUUGA